AGCACCCGCUCACCACAGCAGCCCAUGGAGCGCAUGCGGAGGCGCAUGCGUGUGGAGGCGGACAUGGCGGCGUCUUUGGGGCUGCGGCGGUGCAGUGGCUGCACCUCAGUCCCGCUUUUGGGGUUGCCGCUGCUCAGUGCGGCCCUGGGGCUCCCGGUUUGCAGGUGGAAGUCGUCAGUCAGCUUUCUUACUCGACCUGAUCGACCAAAUCUAGCCUACCGUAAGCUGAAAGGCAGGAAUCCAGGGGUUAUUUUCCUUCCAGGCUUCCAGUCAAAUAUGAAUGGUCAGAAAGCAAUUGCCCUUGAAGAUUUCUGCAGCUGUCAAGGUCAUGCCUUCGUCAGAUUUGAUUAUACAGGAUGUGGAAGUUCACAGGGGAACUUUGAGGAGUGUACAAUUGGGAAGUGGAGGAAAGAUGUUCUUUCUGUACUGGAUGAACUUACAGAUGGACCACAGAUUCUGGUGGGCUCCAGCUUGGGAGGAUGGCUGAUGCUCCAUGCUGCGAUAGCACGCCCAGAUAAAGUAGCUGCUCUAGUUGGAGUAGCUGUAGCAGCAGACCAUCUCGUAACAGCCUUUAGGAGGCUUUCCAUUGAGGCGCAAAAAGAAAUAGAAGAUAAAGGCGAAUGGAAGUUUCCAAUGAAGCAUAACGAGGAAGGAUAUUACUCCGUGACCUAUGACUUCAUUAGAGAAGCAGAAAAUCACUGUCUGCUAAAUAGCCCUAUCCCUAUAACAUGUCCCAUCCGUCUUAUCCAUGGCAUGAAGGAUGGUGAUGUCCCUUGGCAGAUCUCUAUGCAAGUCGCUGAUCGUGUUCUGAGCAAAGAUGUGGAUGUUAUUCUCCGCAAAGCUGGCCAACAUCGAAUGAGUGAGAAGGAAGACACAAAGCUUCUUGUGAACACUGUCGAUGAUUUAAUUGACAAGUUGGCAACGCUAACGUAAUCUGCAGAGCAGCAUAAAUAGAUGAAGCCUAUACCUGACUCUUUUCCAUCAGAAGCAGAAAUCCUGUUCUUAAUGAGAUUAUUCUAGCAGUGUGACUAUCACAGUAGGAACAAAGCUCAGUCUGCUGUUUCCUUACCUCUGUUUCAUAAAUAAAGGUAUUUUUUUAAUGCUGCGUUUGUACAGAUAGACCAAAAUAUAAGGAAGUGCUGCUGCUGGAUGCUUUACCUCUUAAAUAUCUUCUUUUUUUUCCCCAUGAGCCUCCUACCCUUUUGUACUGAAAUGCUCAUUCAGUUUUGUUACUGCUGACCUUGUACAGUACAACUGAAGUUACUUAUGUUAGAAGUAGUGAACAAUAUGAAGUAAACAGCUUCCUCAUAACUGAUGGCAGCGUUCUUAAGGUGCAGAGCAGGCAUUCAGGAAUAGUUAAUGUCAAUUAAGGCCUAAAAUUAGCAGUUAUGAUGGGUGUGUUUUAGGGUUUUUUGGGUUGGUUGGUUGGUUUUGAAUUGAGGCUUACGCCUAUAAACAUUCAGUUCAACUGUAGUAGUUGUUGCGGUACCUUUGAGCAAGACAGAGGAAAACAGGUGUGAAAGGGGCUGUUUUGUGAGUGCUUUGUGUGUUUUUGUCUAUCCACUGUUCUCUUAUAACAGCCUUUCGGUGAGAGAAGGUGGGUGAGCAUAAAUGUUGAGGAUACGAAACUGCAGCAUCAGUUGCCUUAAUGUCAGCAUUACCAAAGGGUAAUGAUAGGGGUAUUUUUGUGCUAGUUGUUUGGUUGAUUUGCCUGUUUUCUGUACUUUUCUCCUUGCUAAAUGGCGGUUAGUGAUAGCAUUUACUUUACAGUUACAGCCCCAAUUUAUUAUGUACAGUGUAAAUGCAAAGACUGGUUGUACUGUUGAGAAUCAGUGAACACUAGUGCCUCUCUCUGUGCUCCCUUACCACUUUAUUAAUUCGGUAUGUAUUCCUGUGCAUAUAAAGAGGCAGACUUUUUGUAGACAGAUGUUUUUUCCUCUAAAUUUACCACCGUAGUUCUGUUCUCAUUGCAGGCACAGCAUUUAUCCUUGUGUUCCUGCUGGAAACUGCCAGCAUUUUGAUCACUGCCAGCAUAUGUUCAGAUGCCAGGAAGAAGGGAUAGAUGAUAACCAAUAAGCUCCAACGCGUUCUCUGUUGCCAUGCUGAUGUUGUCAAAGCUCUGCUGCUAAUUGCAAUAACAGAAAGUCUGAAGGAAAACAACAUUAUGGCAUAGCUUUCCAAAUGCUGUAGCACUCCUGAAACCAGAGAUUUACAUCCUACACAUGGCCAGCUCUUGACCUCUCAGGAAGUCUUGACAAUCUUAAGUAAUGCAAUAUUUGUAUGUUAGAGUGUUGUCAUUUUAUUUUCUACCCUGUAUUUGUCCCCAGAAUUACUGCAUGUGGCAUCUCCUUCAUCUUUGCCAGUAGAUGUCUGGGUAGUGAAUUGUUUUCAGUGUUAGUCAUGUUUAAAAGUAAGUAUAAUAAGUAAAAAAUAAUUAUUUUUGCUAGUACCUGUAGGUUAAGCUGUUAGCUUAUCCUUUACUUUUGGCAGGUCUGAAAGUGGCUCUGGGCUCUUCCAUCACUGUGUGUUGUACAGACGUUGGGAGUGAUACAGCUGCCACAGUACGUGGAAGCUCUGGACACAAACAGCAUCUUCUCUUGUUGAUUUUGAUCAAGCAGUAUUCGUUGAAUAAGCACGUGGAGUGUUUUUCUUCUAUGUAAAGCUUAACAUACAGAUCAUUAACUCCCACCAAGGAAUCAAGUUUCAUGACUAAGUAACAAAAAGCCUUUAUAGCAAGUCGCAGAAGCUUGAUUACCAUAUAAUACCAAAGAAGCAAGUGAUAGAUGUCACCAAAAGAAACAGAAGUAUUAACCACCUGACUUCAGUUGUCCCUGCUCCUUAAAGAUGCUUUAGUUUCCAGUUUGCUGCAGGAAAAUCUGUGGAGCUACUCAAAUGGUGUGAAACACAGAUUAUUCUGUUUUCUGAAGGGAGGGAAGUGGUAGAUUCGUUUGCGUGAGUGUGUGAUUAAGCUCCGUAAUAGACCAUUAUGUACUGAAAAAGUCUAUAAAGCGUAUUAAACUCGUUUCCUAUCAGGCAAGUGCUCUUAGCCUCUGUUUAUUGAGCUGUGCUAAUGUAACUUCUUAUCUUGUCUUGUAUUCCACUUGUUCUGUGCCUUCUGUUGUUUGACUUUGUAGUACAUGCAGCAGCCUUUUUUUUCCUUCUUGCUUGAGUUCCAUGGUAUGAAGUGUACCAUAUAGGUCCAGUGUAGACAGUUUAUUUUCUCUUGCACAAACACUGAGUACAAAAACAUCCUAGAUGGACAGGCCUGAGAGGAACUGCCUCCUGCUGUUUCUUUCUUAUGUUAAUUUUGACUACAUGCUUUCCUUUGGACAUUCUCGGAUGGAACAAAGAGAUUUAUGGUACGCUGCUUUUCAUAUCAAAUAAAAAUAUGCUAUAGAGGAACUUUCAA